UAGCGGAACAUUUUUAACACGAGAUAGGGAGUAAGUCCUCCUGUAUUUCUAGUCUUCUUGCUGGCAACACUAUGAUCACGACCUAACGAUAACGAGUUUAUUUGAUAAAUAGAAGUAGGCGAAGGAAAUGACAGGGAUAAACUUAACAAAAAUAAGUCUCUGAAUGAGUUCACGGAUAAUAUUUAAAUCAUUCCCAUGAUUAUAUCGUGUUGUUGAAUAAUACAUAUGGACUUUUUUUCAAGAUGUUAUGUUACGUGAAAGUUUUUUUUGUUAAUAAUUUUGAAUCAGCUGUCUAAUAUAAUUGACUAUAAUUUCAUUUAUGGAACAAAAACAUCUGCCAGAGUUUUGUAUAAUGUCAUCAUUGUGAAUUUAUAAUCCGAAUAAAAAGUAGAAAACAAAGGUGUGUAAUCAAGAAAAUAAAAUGGUGAAUAUUGAUACAAUAAAAGAUAUAUAUCCUGUUCAUUGGUUAGUCUGGAACAAUGAUCACAUUGAACUUGAUAAGAUCCUGUCGACCAAUGAGUAUGACAUAGAAAAACAUGACUGUAGGGGAAGAAGUCCCUUAAUGCUAGCUGUAACCUUAGGUCAUACCAAAUCAGUUGAAGUCCUUCUUAAUCAUGAGGCAAAUGUUUAUACAGAAAAUACCCAAGGAUGGAGUGUUCUUCAGGAAGCCACUGGAACUGGUAAUCCAGAAAUAUUGCAAAUUGUUCUUGCUCGAAGAGACUAUCAAAGACAUUGCAAUCGAGUUGAUGGCAUACCAGAGUUACUUGAUAGACUUAAACAGGCACCUGAUUUUUAUGUAGAAAUGAAAUGGGAAUUUACAAGUUGGGUUCCUCUUGCGUCGAGAAUGUGUCCAAGUGAUACCUACAAAGUAUAUAAACAAGGUAGCAAUGUUCGUAUUGAUACAACUCUGCUUGGAUUUGAUCAUACUAAUUGGCAACGUGGAAAUCUUAGUUACGUUUUCAAAGGCCAAAGCGAUGGUGCAGUAAUGAUGGAAGUAGACCAUGAGACUAAAAAAGUUUAUGUGGAACACAUAAAACUCAUUGAUGAUGAAAACAUUCAGUUAAUGGCUCCAUCUGAUGAAGGCAUUCUAGCAAGAUUAACAAAUCCAAUUGUAACAACUUAUGUUGACACAGAUAAAAUUAGUUUUGAGCGUAAUAAAGCUGGCUUGUGGGGAUGGCGAUCAGAUAAGAGCGAAGCAGUCAAUGGAAAUGAGUGUAAAGUAUUUAGUGCAAGCAAUGUUGAAUUGAUAACAAAAACUCGUCUUGAACAUUUAUCAGAAAGUGAUAAAUUACGUGCUAAAGUACCAAGAACACCAUUACAAUCAUUUUUGGGUAUUGCUGAACAACAAGAAGAAGAAAGUUGUGGUGCAACAUGUAUUGACGAAUUUAACAAUAUUGGUAAUCCAUCAAAUAUCACACCGGAGGAAUAUUUUGAUUCAAAAAUUGAUUUAGAAGGUAGAGAUAUUGGUCGGCCAAAAGAAAUUAAUACGAAAAUUCAAAAAUUUCGUGCAACACUUUGGUUAUCGGAAGAUUAUCCGUUAAGUCUUCAAGAACAAAUAAUGCCAAUUGUUGAUCUUAUGGCAAUAACUAGUACGCAUUUUGCUAAACUCAAAGAUUUUAUACAAAUGCAACUCCCAUCAGGUUUUCCAGUUAAAAUUGAAAUUCCAUUAUUUCAUGUACUCAAUGCAAGAAUAACAUUCGGUAAUAUAUUUGCUAUGGAUCAAGAAGUUGCACAUGUCAAAAAAAUACAAGAUGGAUCAAAAUUUAAUUGUAUUGUUGAUGAUAUUUGUUUUGAGGCACCUCCAGGAUAUAUGAAACUUGGUGCAUUAGAUAGAACACAAUUUAGCAUGGAAGAAGAAGAUGAUUUAUUACAGUUUGCUAUACAGCAAAGUUUACUAGAGGCAGGAAGUGAAAAAGACGAGGUUGACAUUUGGGAGGCUUUGAAAGCUCAAAAACCAUCGAGACCAAGUACUCCCAAUCUGAUGACCGAUGAGGAACGACAAAUGCAAAGAGCAAUUCAGGCGAGCUUGGGUUAUUGUCAAGGGACACUGGAGUACUUGGACGACGGAGGGGCACACAGUAGACAAAGUGACAAUAAUUUACAAAAUAAUGGUAAUAAUACCAUUCAAGACACAGCUGAACAACUUAAAAUUGCAUUAAGACUUUCUGAGCAACAAAAAAUAGAGGAUGAACAGCGAAGGUUACUCGAGGAGGAAACAUUCCGUCAAGUUUUAGAACUUUCACUUACUGACAAGUGAAAUUAAAACAAUAAUAAUAAAUAAUAAUAUUAAUAGUAAAUUUUAAAUAAUCAAUCAAUUAAUUUGAAGAAAAAAAAAACAGAGUAUUAAAAACAAUUCUUCCUACUGAAGAAUCAAAGACAAUGAUACAUAAAAUAGUAAUUCAGCACUCUUAAAGUGACGAAGAACCAAAGUAGCCAAUUGUCGACUGUUUUAUACUGAAAAUAUAUGAAUAUUAGCAUAAAUAUCAGCAGGAUUAAAAAUGUCGAAAUAAGAAUAAGUUUUUAUAAAACGAUUUCAUUUAUAAUCUUGUUAAACUUGCAUAUUGAUAAACAGCAUAUAUAUAUAUAUAUAUACUAAUUUUAAGUGUUUUACAAAAAAAAAUUAUAGUAUAUUUAAGUUUUAUUCGAUACAAGAUAAAUCAGUCUUCUCGUAAAUAACUGCAACUGGAUUGAACGUUAUUUAUUAUUAGAUUUAUAUGAAAUUUUAUGCACCACACGGAUAUUAAAAUCAACAAAUGCUGAAGUCCAAUUCCGUGCUAAUGUGAUGGAAAAAAACACUAAUGAGUUCUUUUUUUUUUUCUGAUUUUAAUAUAUCUGUUGAAAGUUCACUAAAUAAAUUGUUAAAUAAACUUGUGAAUGCCUUACUUAUGAGUGAAAUAACAAGAGGUAUUUAAAAAAAAUUA